AUGCUUAUGUAAUAUCUUUAUUCAUACUCUAGCCCACACAUGUAAUAUGUUCCAGAUUGUGAGAGUAGUGGAUACUUUGAUGGUAUGCACUGUAUCUGUGCUGAAGAUCACGGUGGUACUCAGUGCGAGUAUAAAAUAGCAGAUUGUGAGAACGGAGGAUAUAAACAGGAUGAAAAAUGUGUCUGCGCCAAAGGAUUUAACGGAGCAAACUGUCAAUACGCUGACAGCACCAUUACUAUCGAUUCUGUGGAACUGAUUAUUAACGUGGUCGUCCAAAUUGUUAAUAGGGAAUUUCAAGACACCUUUACCAAUGAAAGCAGUACCGAAUAUAAGACAUUUAUCCGUGAUUUUAAACGUCAGAUGAAAGGAAUUUAUGAUAAUGAGUCUUUAACGUUAAAAGACAUUAAAAUAAACAAAAUCUGGAAUGGAAGCAUUUAUGUUGAUCACGAACUGAUUAUAAAAGCUAAAUUCCAGCCAAAUAUUUCAGCACUUCAUGAUGAUAUUUCUAAUCAAAUAAAAAAACGACUCUUGGACUCUGAACCAGCAAAAGAUACUUGUAGUGGAAGUGAUGUUAUGUGCUUGAAUAGGAUGAACAUUAAUGUCACUAGAAACAACGUUCCUGCAGAUAUAGACUGGUGCAAGUUCUUGACUCCCAAUGACACCCGGGAGUUCUAUUUUCAAUAUGGAAAUGGUACAAAUUAUACCUGUGCUUCUAAGUGCACCAUGGGCGUACCAGGCAGAUUAAACUGCAACUAUGGGGAGUGCCGUGUGAUAGCCAAAUCAGGACCACAAUGCUUAUGUCCGGACACCAAUGAGUUCUGGUACUCGGGGGAGAGCUGUGACUCCAGGAUUAGCAGACCUGGAGUGAUUGGGGGAGUCACAGCCGCUCUCAUUGUCUUAAUCCUUACAGCAAUCAUAGCAUUCAUUCUGUGUCGCAGACGGAAAAGUAAAGGAAACCAGGAAUUAUUAACAAAUAAAAAUAUAGACUUUACGAAUCCAGACGAAAUGGAAUCAGAAUGGACUAGCGGGCAAAACAUGACGGGACAUCCACCGGCAGAAGGGAACAAAUUCACUCCAAACUUACAAAAUGUGGAUAUCUUUAAAAAGGUACAGAUAAGGCGUCCAACAUUAAUUCGAACUCCAGAAAGCUCUGACUAGAACGGGUCUGCUUUCCUUAACUACAAGUGACGGCAAUGAAUAUCAGCCAUCAA